GCCGGGCGCCCCGCGGAAACGGCCGCGCAGCCAUGUUGCCUGCGAGGGGAAGUGGCGGCCCGGAGCCCCGCUAAGAUGGUGGAGAGGAGCCCUCGGGGGGCGUAGGGGUCCCGUCCCCCCACCCCCCCGACCCCGACCCCGGGGCGGCCUGGGGCCCAUGGAGCAGCGAUAGGGCGUAGCAGAGUGCCUUUCCAGGAAUUCAGGGCGGGGAGGAAAUCCACUGUUUUCUCCCAUUUUGGCCGUUUUUCACACCGACUCAAGCUCUUAUCAGAAGCUGAUGUAUUUAGUGACUCCCUCUCCUGACUAAAUGAGCUGGAGGCAGGAGCGGUUUUUGAAAGAGCGACUCAGAGCCCAGAGCACCCGCAGGACUGGGAGCCCAGCCAGGCACGGCAGAGCUGCUGGGGAGGCAUUGCUGAGCACCCUCCGGGGCCGCUGGAGUUGCUCUCCUGCACGGGGACCCGCAGGCUCUUGGCAGGAGCAAAGGGACUGCCUGGGAAACGGAGGCCCAUCCUAGUGAUACUCCUGAUAGCAGAGAAGUUCAAGGCUGGUUUGUGCUAUAAACAGCUAAUCACUGCCACAAUGACAUCUUCAAGCUCUCCCCAGCAUCCAGCAGCUGAGAAUGCCUGCAGAAUCACACUUGGACAAGUUAACCAGGUGCGACCCAAACUGCCACUUCUGAAGAUUCUGCAGGCUGCAGGCGCCCAAGGUGAAACCUUCACAUUGAAGGAGGUUAUGCAUUACCUAGGACAGUAUAUAAUGGUGAGGCAGCUCUACGACAAAAGACAGCAACACAUGGUCUAUUGUGGAGGAGAUCAGCUGGGAGAACUGCUGGGACUGGAGAGCUUCUCUGUAAAAGAUCCAAGCCCAGUCUAUGACAUGUUGAAACGGAACCUGACUUCUGCUGCAAUGACAGAUGCUGCACAGAAUCUCGCAAAGGAACAGAGCGUCGAUAAGCCAAGCCAAGACCAGCUGAAGUUUAGUCGGCAAGAAGGUUCUGACACUGGCGUCAUGGAGGGUGAAAGCAAUGCUUCUGCUUUGUCUACCUCGGAGCAAAAAUGUGAGAAUUGUGAAGACAAAGACUUAAUAGAAAACCUCUCUAAAAGCAAGAAGCCUAAGCUGGACCUAGUGUUUGAGGAAUGGGAUGUAGCUGGUCUUCCAUGGUGGUUUUUAGGCAACCUCAGAAGCAAUUACAAGUCCAGAAGUAAUGGAUCAACAGAUAUUCAGACUAACCAGGACAUAGACACUGCCGUUGUUUCAGAUACUACUGAUGACUUGUGGUUUCUCAACGAAUGCCCGUCGGAGCCCAGCAGUGCUGCAGUCAAGGUGGAAACAGUUGACUGCGAGGAAGUGAAAGAAGGUGACAAAAAGGUGACUGAGGAUGCAUGUUUGCAUGACUUGGAAGAUUCUCAGUGCUUAAGCGAUGACACAGAUACAGAAGCUGCUUCUGAGGACUGCUGGCAAUGCACCAAAUGCAAGAAAUUUAACUCUCCGGGCAAACGGUACUGUUACCGCUGCUGGGCCUUACGGAAAGACUGGUACUCAGAUUGUCCCAAACCAACUUACUCUCUUUCUCUGUCCAACAUUGAUGCUAUGCAAAACAAAAAUGAUGAUGAAGGGAUAGAUGUCCCGGACUGCCGAAGGACUAUUUCUGCUCCAGUUGGCCAACCCAAAGACUUGUACAUGGUAGAAAACAAAUCACGUGUAGAUCCCUGCAGCUCUAUUGAGUCUUUGGAUUUGGCACGAAAAUGUGAAAGCAAGGAGUCUCUGUUGCACUGCACUGAGCAUAAAAAAGAGGAAGAAAUACAGUCUUUAGAGAGUAUUAAAAAAAUACUGAAUCCUUGCUUCUUAUGCCAUCACAGACCACGAGAUGGGAAUAUUGUCCAUGGAAGGACUGCUCACCUUGUGGCCUGUUUCAAGUGUGCAAAGAUGCUGAAGAAAAAGAGAUCGCCUUGCCCAGUGUGCGGGAAAGAGAUCGAGAUGGUGAUCAGGAUCUUUAUGGGGUAGUUGUGCCAGUUCAGGCCUUCACCAUAAGAUAGCACACAGGUUUUCUUGCACUCACACAAACCCUACUGUCAGAGCUCUGCCAGUGAAUACCAAAGAGAAUUAAGAUUCAAAUCUGACCAAGAACACUGAGGAAUCCUCUGCAUUAAAUGAAGCAGCACCCACUUUUUGAUGUCCGUUUAAAUUAAAGCCCGUAGGGAGCAGGGAGUGACCGACGUGGUGUCAAUGCCUCAGCUUUGAAAUUGGCUAAAUCUUUGAAUUUCAGCUCAGUCGUGUCACUAGGAUUCUCUGUUCUAACAACUGGUCCUUGAAGAAAACAAGUUUUGGAAAGGAUUAUAACUUUGGCUGUUGGAGUGUUGUUCUCCUGUAAGUCAAACCCUGUGCAAUGCCUUCUAAGGAUGGAAAGUGCGGGGGAGUCUGCAUCUGGGAUACAUACAUAUAUAUAUAUUUAGGGGUAGGAAAGAGGGUGGGGGGGAAGGGUAGACCAAGGUGUUUGCGAUUUAGAUAAGCCAUUUCUCCAAGGAUCAGUUCUCCUGAGGGCAGUGAGAAAUAAAUAACUUGGUUUCUGAUUUUUUUUUUUUUUGUUGUUCGUUUAAUGUGCGUUUGUUAGACAAGGUGAAGGUCCUUUUGUUCCCAGACUUGAAAUAAGUCCUCUGAAACUUUUCAUCUGUAGCUAUCUCAGGUCACAUAUCAGACAGCAAAGGAAUAGGGUGUUUUAGUUUGUUUUGUUAUUGGAUCUUCUAAUUUCUGUUGAUUCUUUUUUUCAUUUUAAGUACAGUUCUGUGUCAUCUUGCGUAGCUUUGUUGAAGCCUGUCCAAUGUUAGCUCAGAAUCUGCUCUGCCCGCUGGAUUAAAUCGUAAUGGCUCUGCAUAUGUGGGGAUAUCCUCACAGCUCUGUGCUUACAGCACCAUUUCAACUUCUGCCUGCCUCAUCUCAUCAGGCCAGCCUAGACAGAAGGUGCUGACUCUAGGGUGCAAAGUGGCUUUAAAGACAGGAUUGAGGGGGAAAAAAAAUAGUUUCUGUAAAGCACCAAUUGCAGCUGGUUAGUCUAUGGGCUGUGCUUGGUGUGAUUUUUUUAAAAAUUUUCUCCACCGAUUUUCUUUCCCUGCGAUUUUAACGCUUCAGAGCUGUUUGGAGCAUUUAUGCUGUCCUUCAGAGCUCUGCACGGCUGCUCUACUGGCUCUUAAAACCCAGCUGGAACUUAAUAGUUUAAAAACAUCUUAACACUUUUCUGAGGUCAUAUCCUAGAGUGUGCUCAGGUCUUCCGCAGCCUUCCCGUUCUCCAGGGCUGUGGAAGCCCCGCAGCAUGCCAGAGUAGCAAUAGUGCCUUCACCAGCUCUACGGGCAUUUGAAUUCAGCGCAGCGUGUAGAAUAAACCCUGUUCUGUCAUCCUCUCUUACCAUUCCCUCUCUAAUCUAGGAAGUAUACCUGAAGACAGAAAAAGAGAAGGUCGUGCUCGUACCUUGGUGCUUCUCUAAGCUGUUGUCCCCUUCUUGUCCACACUCCUUGUCCUGGUCCAGCCCUAGCAGGCCAGGCAUGCAGUGGAAGGCGCUAGAACCUGCCCAGCAAACUGCGAUAUCAAAAUUGUUUCUCUGCAAAGAUGUCGGAGUAGGUGUUACAUGCCAUUGCUGCCUGUCGUCGCCAAAGGCCAGAUCCAAUGUACGUUUUGUAUAGUAUUGUGAUUAUUUCUACCUUGGCUAUAAUUUAGACUAUUGUUGUUGGCUGUUAUUUACAGUUGUGUUUUAAAAAGCGGAGGGUAACCGUGUGGCGUUUUGGUGCACUGUAAGUCCAUGGGAAUCAGUCCACAUGGAAAAGCUGACUUACUGCUCCCUUAAUUAAAGGGCUGUUAAGUUGCUGGUGAUGCACUUUAAUAAUGCUAAGAUCAGCGGUGUUACCUCCUGGAAUCGUCGAGGGGAGUUCCUGCCAGGUCGUUUUUUUCCCUUUUCAGGUAGUUUCUCUCCUUUUAAGGGUUUUGGGCUCAGCAGGGUGUGUUGUGGCACUUUGUGGCACUUCUGAAUACUGUGAAUUCCCCCUUGCCCCGAUUGCUCCUAAGAAUUAAAUGUUUUGCUAAAAGCAGUUUUAUUGAAUUGUUCAGAUCUGGCCGCACUGAAAAAAAAAGCAUGUAAUUUGUGUUGGGGGUGAAAAAUCGAGAAGUCAGGAGAGUUUUAAGUUGCAGUAAUGCGGUUGAAUAUCCCUACCAAAAUCCUACUGAGAUCUGUGUGCAGCUUCCAUUACUAAAUGAAACUUGUUGUCAGUGCAGCAGUUUGUGAUAAAAAGCAGAUCUGCAGGAUAACUUUCAGUGUAAUGAUCUUUGCAUCUGUGACUUCUUGCUCAGUGUAACCACGGUGUUUACAACGUGCAGUUAUCAAGUUCUUAAUUCUUUUUAACUGAAAUAGUUAGUGGACGUAAGAUACUACAAUGUUACACUUGAUUUUCCUUCCUAUAGAAGAAUAAGCUAUUGCAGUGCGAGCUCGUUGUGUGCAGCUUUAACUGCCCAGGUUGUGGUUGGGGCUUGGAGGGGGGUGGGUGGGGGUGGGAGUUUUAGUACAGGAGAAGGGGAGAAGGAUGUUUUAUUGCUUUAAGUCUAAAUAAGUAGCAUUUUACCAAGAACUGCUCUUCUGAGGCUUCUUGGGAAGAGUGGACUUGAGGUAUGGGUUGAAGAACUAGCUCAAAGCACUCGGCUAUGAUACUUUGCAGCGCGGAUGAGAUCCUGGCCAGGCAGGGGUAUUCCUUUCCUUUUCUACAGACAUGGCAGUUAAUGUGGAGUCCUAGUUCAGAAACUCGUUUUUUUAGAGGAGCUGAGCAUUUACCCGACGUAGGUGUGAACUCGGGUCCUCUGAAUCCAUCAUUGGUGUGUCGUGGUGGGUGACAGUGGGCGACAGUUCUCUCUUACAGUGGUUUUACUAUGAAGUGCAAUAUGAGAGAAGAGUUCCUUCGUGAUCUUUAGCAGUCAUUGCUGCAUGUCUGUUAGAAGUGUUGAGUGCAAGUGUCUCUUGAUGCCCAGACUGAAAAGGUUUAUGUUUCACUGCUUUUGUUUUUUUUAAAA